CUCGAUAUUAAUGCCACAGCGCUCAGCAAGUUGAAGUAAGGAUAAGCCACGGCCCACGCUUGCACCGAGUGUUGCGGAGUAGCAUAGAGCUGUAAAUGAUCUUUUCCAGACCAUGCUCUUGGGAGCAUAUGAAAACAGCCUACUGUGCAUGUUUUCACAUCUGUUAGUAUUGUGUAGUUGCACAGUGUCCCUUAGCUGUUGUACUCCACAGUACUUGUCCAAGACCUUCUGCAAUUUUUGUUUGUCUGCUGCUGACAACACAAAACUCUUGCCAUAUGGCAAAUACCUUGUACUGUGUCCUUUCAGAUGUGCAGUGCAGACAACAGAUUUGUGCUUGCAGCUAUCGUGUGACCCCGAGAAACAAUCUAGAACAUUAGUGACUGCUUCUCGAGCCCUGGCAAGGUACAACUCGUCCCCACGCAGAAGCUUCCUCAGUCUGGUGCGAAAACUUGAGUUGCGGUGUCACAUCCAGCUUGUGGUCUGCUUGUAUAUGCGACAUCAAACUCCACAUCUGUUUCACCGGAACACCCAGCAAGGCUGUGGUACUGUUUGACGUGGUCGCAGUUUAAAAGGGAGAACGAGUGGAUCUCGAGAAUGGUUACACGCAUUCAAGACAUCGUUAGCCACAGAAUCACCCAAUCGCACGACACUUACCAUGUCAAGGUCUAAAUUCAACGGAAUGGAAUCUUGAACUUGUUUCUCUACACAGCGCCCAUGACUGCAGUUAUAGUUUGGAAAUACUCCUUUUUUGAAAAGUGCACCUUUGUUUUUCCUAGCGCGAUUGUUUUUAUAACUGUGCUGUGAUUUCUUAUGAAGUGAUCUCAUAUUGAAUGGUAUUUUAUCCAAGGUGUUUUAAAAGAUACAUCUGCUCAACACUAUAGACUUGUAAACAAUAAGGCCACUUCAUUGUUUUAGCAAAUUCUGGUCUUUUUUAUCUACAUAAUGAGUGCAGCAGAGUCAGGUGUCCAGAUAGUGUUUGUUUUAUUGUACCAAUUAGUACACAUGCAAAUACAGAGGAGUCAAACUUGUAUAUGGACAUAUGAUUUAGCUCCCUUGUGUACAGUGAAAACAGAACUCAAUAAAGCUGCAUUUUGGCUUUAAAACACUGAAGGGCCAGUAGCUUUGGGACUAUGUUUGGUCAUGAUCUAUGAAUCUAAGUAUGUGCUACUCCAGAUGGAGUAUAGGUAUUUUAUCCAGUGUCUUUUUGUAAUCUGUGCACAAUUAUAGGUUCAAAUAACUUUUGAGACUGUACUUUCUCUCGGCAUUGACCAUGAAUGUCAAUAUUUGGUGCAUGUACUUUGUAUUCAUAGGGGAAUAUACCUCUGUAAGACUGAUUGAUAUUGUCAAUUAUCAUUUUAAACAUUUGACCUAUAACUUGUGCUUCUCUAAUAAAUAGAGUCAAAUGUUGUGAA